AUGCCCCAAACCAACAACCCAACCAAAAGAUGGCUACAGGUAGCCAUCCUCCUCCUCGCUACACAAACCCUACCCACGACCGCCGUCGAAACCGUCUGGAUCACGGUAACACUACCCGCACCAACACAGACAGUUCCACUCUCGCCAUCCUACACUUCCGCCAGCGAGUUCCAAGACAGCGUACUGCGAGUGACGAAUCAGUACCGCGCCUGGCACCAAGCCAGUCCGCUAACAUGGAACAAUACUUUGGCCGAUUACUCGCGUAACUGGGCAGAGAGCUGUGUCUGGCAACACUCGCACGGGCCCUACGGCGAGAAUCUCGCAUACGGAUUCGCAAACGCCUCAGCAGCCGUCAUAGCCUGGGGCGAAGAACGCACCAAGUACGACUUUUCCUUGCCGACUGGGUUCAGCGAGGAAACAGGUCAUUUCACGCAGCUGGUGUGGAGGGCGACGACGCAGGUUGGUUGUGCUGCUGUUAACUGUGGGUAUUCAAAUUCGAAUGGCAAACGAGAUGUGCCAGUAGAUGAUCAUGUCCCGGAAGGGACGGUGACUACGCCUCGCUUUGCCGACGACGAAGAUGGCGGAGAUGGGGGCUUGGUUAAGCGGGCUGAGCUUCGGGCUCAGGGGUGGUAUGUCGUUUGCGAGUAUUCGCCUCCUGGGAAUGUGGUUGGGCAGAAUAAUCUCUAUUUCAGGAGGAAUGUCUUGCCGUCGAUUGGUUCUGAGGUGUUGGGGGCUGCGUUGACGACGACGUUGUCGUUGUCGUCUGCCGAGGCGGCUUCUAUUACGUCCUUGUCGCAGAUGUCGCCUGCGACGAGUGCUGCGACGUCUAGUGCUAUGGGGAGUCUGAGUGAGUCUACUGGAGGUGCUAAGCGGUUUGGGCUGGACUCGCCGUUUGGGAUGAUGCUGGUAGCGUUGGGUGCUGUGUGUAUUGGGACGGUGCUUUACGCUUGA